GCUGCUGAAAUGGGUCGAGAUCCGACACCAAGUGAGUUACAUUUGCAUGUUCACACACAUGGUCAUUAUGGAAAAUCUUUCGUUGAUGAACGUUCCCCGAAUCGUCCAUCUGCCGGAGGAGGAAAAAAGCGAAGAGUAUUUGGUCUUGGAUCUGAAGCCAAAGGCUACUACGGCCAAACUCUGUGUAUUUCUUGUGGAAAGACUUUAUCUUCAUCUUCACAUGAAUCGAUACCAGCUGCAGAUUCGGAUUUGGAUGAGUUUGUGAAGCUAUUGAUUCCCGCACUUAAAAAUCAAUUUUUUCCUAUUGUCAUUGAGAAGGUACAGAAGUUGGUUUCUUCACGAUCAGUUGUCACACCUCCGGCUACUCUUUUGGACGAUCUUGAUUCCUUAAAUGAUGAUUGA